GUUUGACGUCAUAUCCGCGGCAUCGGUUUGCAUUUCGCGCACGAACUGAAGUCUGCUUCCAGCUCGCUCAUAACUCUAUCAGAUUUGGAUAGAGCUUCACACGAAACAGUCAGCCAUGGCAAAUCAACCAAUUGACAUCAUAACAAAGGUUCUGGAGCAGGUGGAGGAGUCUGUGGAUGCACAGUUGAGCAAAAUGAAUGAAAUGGAUGAAGAUGAUUUGGAAAGACUGAAGGAGAGGCGUUUAGAGGCGUUGAAAAAAGCCCAAAAACAGAAGCAGGAGUGGUUGUCUAAAGGCCAUGGGGAGUACAGAGAAAUCCCAAGUGAGAAAGACUUUUUCGGUGAGGUCAAGGAGAGCAAGAACGUUGUCUGCCACUUCUACAGAAACUCAACCUUCAGAUGUAAGAUCGUCGACAAACACUUGACGAUCUUGGCUAAAAAGCAUGUUGAGACAAAAUUCAUCAAACUGAACGUGGACAAGGCCCCAUUCCUGACAGAGAGGCUGCGCAUCAAAGUCAUUCCUACGCUGGCCCUGCUUACAGACGGGAAGACGAAGGACUAUGUGGUAGGCUUCACUGACCUGGGAAACACAGACGACUUUUCCACAGAGAUGCUCGAGUGGAGGCUCGGCUGUGCAGAUGUCAUCAACUACAGUGGUAACCUGAUGGAGCGCCCUACAGUGAACCAGAGGCCGGGCACAAAGUUCACAAAGGUGGAGAAGAAAACCAUCAGAGGGCGAGGCUAUGACUCAGACUCAGAUUCUGAAGACGACUGAGAAGCACAGACGGUCGUCUGGUUUUCUCUCUCAGGGCUACCUCACUUUCAAAACAGUCCAGCAGACAGCCCGCCUUGAUUUUUCCAUCCUUUUUCUCUCAGUGACUUUAUGAUUUCUAAAAAAAAAAUAAAUCUCAAAUGUAACUAUUUUACUAAGCUGUUAUUAUUUUAGUUUCAACCUUAUUUAAUGAAUUGUCACCCAUGUUUUAUAUUUGAAUACAUAAGAAAAUAACAUUCUUCAAGAACAACAAGUUUGUAGAGAAUAAAAGUGUCAGUGAGCUACCAUUUUGAUUAUGUAACAAGAUUUUUGCUUUAUUGAUUUUCUGUUUAUGUCUUUAUCAUAGUUUAAAUCUAAACCUCUGUCAUGAAACCCAGUUGCCAAUAAAACUUUGUGUGUA